AUAGAGAAAGUAUGCAAUGCAUACUGCUCUGGUGCAACCCCCCACUAUACUGCAUCUGGGGUAUUCGUGACUGGACGUCUGGGGGAUCACACACAUUUCCGAUUAGGAAGGAGAGAGAGAGAGUGUGAGAGAGAGAGAAAGGGAGGGAGUGAGGGAGAGAGAAACAGAGAGAGAGAGAGAGAGAUUACCAUUUCAAUCCAGCCAAUGAGACAGGCGAUACACUAAGAUUUUCAUAGUUGUGCAGGAGCACAACGUGAGCGGAGUGUGUGUGAACUUCCAGGUAAAGCUGCAAGCCGACCUAAGCCCCAGAGGCCUCUGCUCCAGGCUUUGAUGCCAACACCCUCUAAAGCAGGUGGACAGACGCAGGAAUGAGCGACAGUGGGACCAAAGAGCCGUCUCCUCAGUCGAGCACAGCCCAGUCGCCUGAGGAGCCCCAGCGCAGGGGUCGGGGUCGACCUCGGAAACAGCAGCAGGAGCCCGUUGGACCACCGACCCCAAAGAGGCCGAGAGGACGACCAAAAGGCAGCAAGAGCAAAGGCCCCAGAACAGCACUGAAGAAAGUAGAGCCUGUUGGGCAGAGGCGACCACGAGGGCGACCGAGAAAAUGGCCCCGGAAAGUUGUUCCAGAAGUGACUGAAGAGCAGCAGGGCCUUUCGGAGGUGGCCGAGGAGGGCCCCUCGUCAUCUCAGGUGCCUGCUCAGGAGGAAUCGGAGUAGAUGGGAUCCCUCUCUACCUACCUCAGUGUUUGGCCUCAAGCAAACAGGGGUACAAUCUGACUCCCUAUCUGUGAUGGGAAAUCAGGAACACACACACUUACACACACUCACACCCCAAAAAAAAAAAAAAAAAAGAAAAGAAAAUCCUCGCAGACAGCAGUUUCCUCUCCUGAUCUAAACAGCACCAUGGAUUUGUUGUUGCUUUGAGUAUCUGAUCGUUUGAGCCUUGGUAAAGGCAUGGUUCCAGCUUUUGGGAAAAGUAUUUGCAGAGUUGCUGAAUAUUAAGAAAAUGUGUGUUUUAUAUAUAGACAGGAGGCAGAAAAUAAAAUAAAAACGUCUUCCUGUCUUGUGACAGCAUGAAUGUGCCUUUUAAAGUGAUAUAGCGCAGGUUCUCCAAAACCCUAAAUAGUUAUUGGUGAAAGAAAUUAAACAUUAAAGUAAAAACAAAACAACCGUCACAACUCCAGUGCUUUAAAACAUAAGAAAUUUCAUUUUGGAACUAAAUAUUUCAGCUAUUUUCUUGCUUCUACGUCCAUUUAUAAUUAUCAACAUACCUUAAUUGAUUGACAUGUGCUCUGCUUUGAAUGCAUGGUUAGAAGAAAUGGGCCUCUUUAAUGAAAUACUAAUUAAAAUCAGUAAUUAACAUUCAGCUUAAAAAGUAAAUCAUUCAAUAAAAUUCUGUUUGAUAGCUUCCGGAGGGUUAUUUUAUUAAAAACAAUUGUUUUCUACUGUGAGAUGUAUUUUUUUCCAGACUAAGUAAAUAUAGUCAAAUUAAAAGUUGUAUUUUUCUAAAUUGUUUGAGAUUAUGAGAUUAUGCUUCUGCAAUAAAAGAUAGAGUUUAAUUAUUUAUAAAGAUGGAGGGCAGUAUGUAUAUAACUAGAGAUGCACUAAUCAAUCAAUCAGAAUCAGCCAAUUUUCCUUUAAUUGGCUUUGAUCAGAUCAGAAGGCCUCAUGAGAUUUAUUUUAUCUACUAUUCAGUCCUUUAGGUUUGACACUUAAUGCUUUAAUGCUUGAUUCCCUCAUUUUUUGUUGGAUUCAAAGCUGCAGCCUGUUUUAAAAAAACUGCUACACAUUUCUAUUUCUUUUAUUUCUCAUAUUCGGUAGUAAAAAAAAUAUGCAAUCAGUCAAAAAUCAAAGAAAACCGAAUUAAUCAGUAUCAGGAAAAGCCAGAUGUGUGCAUCUCUGAAUAUGAGCUCUAUGUAAGAUUUCUAAAAAAUGUUUAAGUUCGUCCUGUGCCUUCUAGCUCUACAUCAAGCUAUCAGCUCAAAGGUAUGGAAUAAUUAGUGGCUUAAUACCCCACUAACUAAAUGCACCCAAUUUAACCUUUAUGUCUCACAUUUAAAAGAGAAUUUAAAAAAUGUAAUCGCCUGGAUUGCAAAUUUUUAAACCCAUCUCAAGACCUGAGAGAAUGCUUCUCCCUUAAAGUGGAACUAUCCCUUUAUUUUGCCAGCUGUCCUGAGCCUCUCAGUGAGACUUUUUGCAUGUCUGUAUGUUUUGUGUUUGUACGGAGAGAGAGAUGCGGAGAAAGACAAAAAGAAAAGAGGCAGAAUUUUUAAAAAAAAGGACAAAAGGAACCAAACUGAACUGUGUUUCAGCUGCUUUAAACUUAAUAUUUUUAAACCAAUGUAACAACACAAUCAUGGCAAGCUGAACUCAUUUUUGUGAAAGCUGGUGUGAUUUCAAACUGAAAUAUCCAUUUUCAGAGAUUACUUCUUAACCUCAGCUGAGUAAAUCCUUCCAAGCAGAAAGUGACUGAUUCAAAUCCAAAAGUUGAAAUGGAUAUUUCAUUUUGGAACAAAAAUAGAAAAAACUAAAACAAAACCUUCAUAAAUACUUGAGUCGACCGCAGUGUUGACGUGUCAUUUUUUUUUUUACCACUCUCAGGAUUUCACUUUUUUAACAGUGCUCUUACGUCAUUGAUGAAAACCUCAGGUACAUAUCUAUUCAGGAACAUGAUAUCUACUCAGUAAUAAUUGUGGUGCUGUGUUUGUUGUGCGAUUCUGAUCUGUAUUUGACAUUACCAGUAUGCCUUGACUCAAAGACCUCAUGUAAAAACCUCAGUCAGCCUCAGCUUCUUGAUCUCUCAUUCUACCUCAGCGACACAAAAACACAGAAGAUCCUCCUGCAAAGUUAUCCUUCACUCCCUCAGAAGUGAUACUGUAUACGCAAACACACGCAUGCACACGCACACACACACACACACACACACACACGCACACGCGCACACACACACACACACACAACCACGCGCAUGUGUACCAAUGCAAAUCAACAAGUUUCAGGGCUUAAAUGCCAACAAAUCAACAAAUACACACAAGUAACAAGAGGAUGUUACACUCCAGCGGAGGUGUACAGAUAAAGUAUCGAUAUCAUUUAAUAAAAAUAACUGUAUCUGAUUAAAAAAAACAAAAAAAAAACUGAAACGAGACUCUGAUCUCCUGGGAAUUAAAGUGCAGCCAAUAGUUUACAACAACUUGAUGAAAUACUUGCCUUUUAGAGUGUAGUACCUUAUGAAAACCUGUAUUUUUUUAUUUUUUAUUUUUUUUGUGGGACGGGGAGGGGAUUGUUAUUCUUUUUCUUAUUUUUACUACAUCAUGUAUUUUUUUCUCUGAUUCUUACACUGUAAAAUGUAUGUGUGACACUUAAUUCUUGGCAGCAAAAUAGCCGCAACGUGCUGAAAUACAUUAGAUGAACCUCAAUGUUUGCACAUACUUGACCCAAUUGUGCUACAAUAACACGACACGAUUGUACUGAACUGAUGGUGUGUUUUAUUGCUUAUGAGUUUUUUUUUUACUACUUCGAGGUGAAAAAGGUUGGGUCUUAUAGAUUUUUUUUGCUUUAAAGGAUAAUAUUUGCUUCUGAACAUACAGUGCCUUGCAAAACUCUUCAUAACCUUUUAAACUUAUUCAUAUUUUAAGUUUCAGUGUGUUUUAUUUGGACUUUAUGUUUUUGACCAACACAGUGAAGAGAUUAGAAGAUGAAGAAUCACUUUUUACUGCUGCAGGCUUUUAAAGUGUGUCUUUUGCCAGCUUUGCACGUUUUCUUUACCAUUUAGUUCGAGACGGAGCUUCUCUAAACUUUGGUUUUGUACUUUUGCCACAUCUCUCUCUGGAUCUCUGCAGUUCCUGCUUUCCUCGCCACGCAUGGCGGUUUAGGCCAUGUUUUGGUAGAUUUGAAGUACUCUAUGUACAGAUUAUGAACUGAACUGAUCUCUGUGAGAAGUUUAAAGCUUGGGGUGUUGUUUUAUAACUUUACAGCUUCCCGCUCCUCCACAGCUUUAUUCCUGCAGUGUUCCUCGGUUUAAUCCCUUGGUUUAGGUGGCUUCUCAAGGCAGUUGGUUCCAUCAGAUUAUUAGGGUUUAAAUACAGAUUUGUAUUUUAAAUACAUUUUAAAACAUGCAUCCGUCCAGCUAAUACGUAUGCAUCGCCUCCUGUUGGUCUACUGCAUAAAAAGCCCAGUACAAUACGUUCCCAUUUCUGGUUGUAAUAUAAAAAAAUGUCUAAAAAGUUUAAUAAGUUUCAAUACUUUUGCAAGCCACUGUAUUUAAAUGUCAGUUAAGCACAGAGGAUUUUAUUAGUUGGGCAUAAAACACUCAUUAGUUUUCACUGAAGUGAUUCAAUGAAACCCCUUAACUAAGAGGUUUGCUGCUUUUUCGGGGUAAGACGUUUUGUUUCUGUUUACUUUCAUGUUCACAAUAAAUAAAAUGCAACUUUUUUAACGGUGUGUUCAGUGCUGCCAGAAAUCCCAAGACAUGAACGUUAAACCUGCAUGUUUCCUGCAGGGCCGUUGAUCAUUUUUAGAUCUUAUAUUGGUGAAGUUAGAAGAAACAAGAAGAAUAAAAAAUAUAUAGCUAUAAAAUUAGGCAGAUAAUUACAGGAAUUACCCCUGUAGACAAAAAAAAAUGGUUGAUUCUUCAUUAAUAAGUCAACUUAAGAGCAAAACUCUCAGGUUUGUACCCUGGUCAAAGCUGAAAAUAUGACAUUUUUGAUUAUAGGGCAGAAAAGUCAUUGAUAAUGUCACUUAUUUUCCAUACAUAGGUAUUUGAUCUGGUUUUUAUAAUAAAUCAGAAAGGUAUACUGUAUAAUUACAGAGUUUUCUUGUUGCCAGUUUCAUUACCAGCCUCGCCUGGUUUAAGGUUGAUCAGCUCUAAGUGAGAGCAGAAACACUCACAACAUGUUGAUCUAGUCGUUAAGUCUCUUUGUUGCCCUCCAUGGCAGACUAAAUGCUCCUUCAGCUAUGUGUGCCUCCAAAUACCAAGUGGUCACUAUAGAUGCACAUUGCUACCACUGUUAAUUAUCAUCAGAUCAUGCUAAACAUGCUGUAAGGAGACGGUUCUGAUACUUUAAGGGGGGUUCUGUUUGGUUUUUAUUAUCGUACCUGUUGCAGACUGUCUGAACUACUUGAGUUUGUAAAAGAAGACAUUAGAGCUGAGAACUUGUGAAUUUAGUUAUUUGCCUAUUUUACAUGUGAAAUGUGUUAAAAUAGCAAAUCAGAGUCAACAUUCAAAUGUUGUAACCAGUCCUUCAGAGCUGCUGGUUUUCUACCUCCUUGAGAUGUCUUCCUGGUUGAACACACUUGAUUUAAAUGAAUGGGUCAUGCUUUUAUUUUGAAGGGUUUGAUGACAGACUAAAUAUAUACUGAACUGUCAUCAGGUUGGAGCAGGAACCCAUUUACAAAAUGGAGCCCUUUUGCUAAUUUAGUUCUAAUAAAAGCAUAAUUUGAACUAAAUAAUAAUUUCCAACAUGUAGUCACUAUUACUGAUUAAAUUAACACUAUUUGUAACGUAAUCUUUACGAAACUCUGAGCUACUAGCAUUUGCAACCUCACACGUGAUAAAAAGUGUCUGAGUUUUUAGUUAGCAGUUAUCUGACGUCUGAAAUCUUCAGACAGCUCUCUGCUAACGAUAAAAUACUGAUUGCUGAUAAGUAAUCCACAGAACCCUACCUUAGAACUGCGUCUGCAGCGGAUAACUAACCUCCAAAAGGUAAUUAAUCUAAAAGUAGUUAAUCUAAAAUAUCUGGACACCUUUUCUUGCUGGGAUUUCUGUUCUUACGCUGACAUAUCGAAGAUUUUUUUUAAAUUUUUUAUAAAAUAUAUCAAAAAUGCAUCAAACAUGUCAUUCUUGCAUUGCUUAUUACUUGAAAAUCACCCAUUUACUUUAUAUUCAAACACUUUUUUUUCUGUUUUUACUUAUACAUCAUUUAUUUUAUGUAUUUCAGCACCGUUGCCUAAGCUGCUGCCACAUUACCGAUUUAUUCAACGCUGCAUUGACUUUACUUAUUUAGCCCUCCUGGACUACCUCUGAAGAGAACCAAGCCUGGGCCAUUUUUUAGGCAGAUAUAUGGAGACUUCUGUCCUUUACGGCCCGAAGUCUCCAUCAGACCUGCAGGCAGAGUGGAUCAUAAAAUCUUGAAAUAACUUUUGAAUAGUACUGCAGUAGUCCACACACACGUCUCAUCUCACUAUAUUGAUAUGACCAGAGAAUGAGAGUCAGCCUGAAAGGCGCCUCUUAAUUUAACUCCAGCUAAGUCAGUGUGUUAUUUUACACGAGCUGUGUUUGGAUAUUUACUCUUUCUGUAAGGGGACAAUGUUGUUUUGUGAUCUUACUGCUAGUGAUAUAGUUACAUACAGCACUUGAUCUAGUUUCAACUAUUGAAAAGUUGAACAGUAACUUGAGAAAUCAUCUUUAAUGCCUUACCUUUUACACAAUGUAAUAGUUACGUUAUUGAUAUGUCCUCAUCCACUUCUUUAAUACAACUCACAAACCUGUGAUAUAUAUUUUGUUAUGAUUCUUUACGUUGUGAUUUGUGUUACCUUGCUUCUAUAUUGCUUAUCAAUAAAAAUAUCACACUCUUCA